AUGAGCCUGUUGUCAAGCAAGGACUCGUUGCAAUCAUUCCGGAAUGACUCCGGUCCAUUCUCACAAGUCUGGGAUCUACUUGGUCUUUUACCGCGGAAUAAGGUGACUGUUGAUCAGUUGAUCGAAAGAUUCUUGACUGAGAUCAACUGGGCCAUCGACACGGUCCACCCCGAGACCUUCAGACAGCAAUUCGCAGAGUUCUGGGGGCGAAAGUUUGGAUUUGACGAAAUCGCCGGCGUGGAUCUUCGAUGGCUCGCUCUUUUGUUUAUUAUCCUGGCCUUCAGUGUGCUCCUAGACAGCCCCACGACAUCUUCACCCGAAAAACGAAAAGAAAGCGAGGAAGCUUCUCUUCGCUUUUACUGGGCUGCCAGGCGAGCCAUCGUUAUUUCGCCCUCUUUUCACGGAGAAAGCUUAGAUCUUGUUAGAGCAGGCCUGAUGGUCACACGUUAUUUGCUAUAUACCCGGCAAGUCGCUGAGAGUUGGCUCACCAUCAGCUUUGCUAUGCGUAUGGCUCAAGCUCAGGGCAUGCAUAUCGAUGGAGAAAAGUGGGGGCUAUCCAAGAAAGCUACGGAGACCAGAAGACGCCUCUGGAGCAAUCUGUACAUGCUCGACAAGACCAUUGCACUUGCUCUCGGAAGGCCAUACGCAAUAUCGGAUCAUAUGUGUCUCAUCAAAGCACCAGAAAACGUGUGGCUGGAUGGACUGACAGAUGAGCAGUCAUCUACAGCCAAGGCCCAUGCUAUAAGCUAUCCGACACGGAGUACUGUAUCGCUUCUUGGAACUACACUAGCUAAAAUUGCAGGUGAAAUACAGGACCGAUGCUUUGGCUUGUACCCUGCGUCGUACGACAUGGUAGUCGAAAUGGAUAACAAGCUUGUUGCGUGGAAACAACAACUACCUGCGUAUUUUUCUGUGGAUGACCCUGAACUAUCACUGGAUGACUCGCAUACAUUCUUGCCAUGGCAUCGGCUCUAUCUGCACUCCGCAUUUCAUUUUGCUCGAAUCACUCUUCAUCGACCUCAUCUUCUACGCGAAUCUAUCACCAAUCGCUUCGGCCUAAGCCACGAGGCAUGUAUUUCCUCUGCGUCUUCCGAUCUCAAAAUCAGAUUACAGUCAUUGAACUACGGAACGGCAGAAAACAUGAGAUGGACACUAGGAACCCACAACAUGUUCAACAGUGCCUUCAUUCUUGGCAUUAUAGCGGUGCGGCGACCUAAUGCCCCUCAAACUGCCGCCAUAUUGAACGACCUCGAGGAAUAUUGCGAAAGACUGCGAAAGGAUGUCUGGCUUAACGAAUUUGGCCUUGCUGAGGUCAAAGUGGUCGAGUUGUGUAUCAUCCGCACCAGAGGAUUUGCCCUAGCCACCGAACAGCCGAGCGACAAGACUCCAAUAAGUCCACCCGAAGUUUUGCCAGACUUCAUAAUACAACAGCGAGGAGGUAACUCAGACAUGUCGACAACAAUGAAUAUCGCGGGUGCUGAAAUGGCCGGUUCGCCCAGUCAGCCACCAGUUUAUUCUCCUGAUAUGAUGUGGCCCGCAGUCUGGGAAGACCAGAACUUUGCGUUUCCACAAGCAGCAGAUCUUGAAACCUGGGAGCAAAUGAUCUCUGAGAUUGCAUAUCAUACAUAG